AUGGAGCCAGGCGCAGAGCCCCGCUUGGAGGGUGCAGGAGCCGACCCGUACAGGCGGCCAGCGAGGCGGACGCAAUGGCUGCUGAGUGCCUUGGCACAUCACUACGGGCUGGACCAUGGCGUGGAGAACGAGAUCGUGGUGCUGGCCACAGGCCUGGACCAGUACCUGCAGGAGGUUUUCCACCACCUGGAUUGCCACGGCGCCGGCCGCCUGCCUCGCGCCGACUUCCGUGCGCUCUGUGCCGUGCUGGGGCUGCGACCCGAAGGCACUGGCGCCCCCCGGGAGGCCGCGGACGCGGACGCUGGAGACGCGAGCUUGUGGGAGAGCGCUGAGCAGAACACAGACAUCGAAGAAGAGGCGCGCCUGGCGCUGUGCGCCGAACCACCCGAGCUCACCUUCCGCCAGUUCCACGCGCGCCUCUGCGGCUACUUCGGCACACGCGGGGGUAGCCGGCUGCCCCGCGGCGCCCUCAGCGAGCACAUUGAGACGCAGAUCCGCCUGCGCCGCCCUCGCCGCCGCCGCCGCCCUCCCCGCGCUCCCGGCCCGGACAAGAGCGAGGAUCCAGAGAGUUUGGCGCGGCUGGAGGAAGAAAACAGCAGUCUGCGCGAACUGGUGGAAGACCUGCGUGCCGCGCUGCAGAGCAGUGACGCGCGCUGCCUGGCGCUGCAGGUUGGCCUCUGGAAGAGCCAGGAGGGUGCCCCCCAGGCGGGGCAAGGUGGGUCCGAAGCAGCAGCGUGGGAGCUCCAGCAGGCGCGCGCGGCGCUGACUGAGGCCGAGGCCCUCGCGGGGCGCAUGCGCCAGGGCCAGGCCGAGGUGCGUCGGCGCGCGGAGGAGGCCCGCCAGGCAGUGCUGUGCAGCCUGCGCCGCGUGCGCGAGCUGGAGACGCUGGCGAAGCAGGUGCCCAGCCUGCAGCGCUGGGUCAGACGGCUGGAGGCGGAGCUGCAGCGCUACAGAAACAGAGAGUCUCAGAGAGUCUCACCACAAACCAACCCAGAGCCAGCAGCCAACAGUGACGAACCUGCGUAUAGUGGAUCCAGAGCCCCAGGCCCCCCUCCUGAGGGAGCGGCCUGGCCAUCAGACAGCAGCUCCGGAAGCCGAGUCUUGGAUGAAGGGGGCGAGCAGCUCUUCCGGUCCGUGGAGGGUCAGGCUGCCUCGGACAAGGAGGAAGAGGAGGAGAAGUGGCAGAGGGAACAGAGGCCCCUGUGCGCCCACGUCAAGCAGCUGCUGGCAGGCCUCUUUGGCUGCAGGAGCAGGUGCGAUGGCCAGUUUGCCGAGAACCUUAUGACUCACUUCAGCCACUUUGGCAAUACAGACCACACUUGCACCCUGAAGGAGCUGGAGGCCAAAGUCACCGUGCUGCUGGAGCAUCUGGGGACCCAGGACUGUGGCAGGAAGACCCUGGGGACGCCUGGGGAGAAGGCAGAGCUGCAACGGAAGGAGGAGGAGAACGCACACCUGAGGCUGGAGCUGCAGAUGGUAGAGACGGAGCGGGUGCGACUGUCCCUGCUGGAGGAGAAGCUGGUGGAUGUGCUGCAGCUCCUGCAAAGGCUCCGGGCCCUGAACAUUUCAAAAAGAGCCUUGGGGAAGAUUUUGCUGAGCACAUUGGACACUCACAGAGAUCCCCAGCACGAAGAGCACACUGGGCCUUUGGCCACUCUGGAUGCCCUGCACCAAGCCCUGGCAGGCUGCAAGCUGCUGCAGAGAGAGUCCUCAGCUCCGGCCUCCACAGCACCUGCCCGCCCAAGCUCCCUGCUCAUUUCCUGCUGA